CUACCCGGAAGCAUCGGGGCACUCAGGGCUGACCCCACGGUGUGUCGGCAGCGACCUGUGUCCCCAGGCCCGAGGAUGCUGCGCGUGCUGCUCUUCUGUGAGCAGGUCACUGAGGGUGUCUGCUGCAGCCCCCUGUGAACCUCUAGCUGCCUCCAGAGCUCCCCUGUGCUCUUCGCCAAGGUAGAUGGUCCUGCCCACCCGGGCAGACGGGGAAGCUCCUGCCCCACCUGGGGCUCUGGGAGGCCAGCCGGAAGCAGAGGGAGCUGUUGAAUCGCUGAAAUACCCCUCAAGCUGUGAAGCGCCUCUUCUGCAGCUGUCUUCUAUCUGAGGGAAAGACCUCCCUGGGGUGCUCAGGGGCAGAGGUGCACCAGCUGCCCUCCACUGCAGGCCAGGCACUGACCGUCUGCUGCAGAUGAAGUGCGUCCUGGUGGCCACGGAGGGUGCGGAAGUCCUCUUCUACUGGACUGACGAGGAGUUUGAAGACAGUCUCCGGCUGAAGUUUGCACAGUCAGACAAUGAGGAGGAGACGCUCCCCGCUCUGGAAGACCAGCUCAGCACCCUCCUGGCCCCAGUCAUCAUCUCCUCCAUGACCAUGCUGGAGAAACUCUCAGACACGUACACCUGCUUCUCUACAGAAAAUGACAACCACCUGUACGUCCUUCACCUGUUUGGAGAAUGCUUGUUCAUCGCCAUCAACGGAGACCAGACUGAGUGCGAGGCGGACCUUCGGCGGAAGCUGUGUGUGCUGAAGUACCUGUUCGAGGUGCACUUCGGGCUGGUGACAGUGGACAGCCAGCUCAUCCGAAGGGAGUUGCGGCCCCCAGACCUGGAGCAGCGUGUCCAGGUGUGGGAGCAGUUCCAGAGCCUGCUGUGGACCUACAGCCGCCUGCGGGAACAGGAGCAGUGCUUCGCGGUGGAGGCUGUGGAGCGGCUGAUCCACCCCCAGCUCUGUGAGCUGUGCAUCGAGGCGCUGGAGCGGCACGUCAUCCAGGCUGUGAACUCCAGCCCCGAGCGGGGUGGCGAGGAGGCCCUGCACGCCUUCCUGCUCGUGCACUCCAAGCUGCUGGCUUUCUACUCCAGCCACAGUGCGGGCUCUCUGCGCCCUGCUGACCUCCUGGCCCUCAUCCUGCUGGUUCAGGACCUCUACCCCAGCGAAAGCACAGCGGAGGACGACGAUGUUCAGCCUUCCCCACGGAGGCCCCGGAGCAGCCAGAACAUCCCUGUGCAGCAGCCCUGGAGCCCUGACUCCGCAGCCCUGACCAGGGGGCGAUCUGCAACCACAGAGACAGACAGCUUCUCCCUCCACGAGGAGUACUUCACCCCAGCUCCCUCCCCUGGUGAGCAGAGCUCAGGUAGCACCAUCUGGCUGGAGGGGGGCACCCCACCCACUGAAGCUGCUCAGCUAGCUGAGGACAUCCUCCACACACUGAGAGCUCCUUCCUCAGCGCGUUCGGGGCCCAGAAGGAUCUUCCUGGAUGCCAGCGUGAAAGAUGGCUACUGCCCCAUGGUGCCCCACACCAUGUACUGCCUGCCCCUGUGGCCGGGCAUCAACCUGGUGCUCCUGACCAAGGGCCCCUGCACCGCCCUGGCCCUGGCCCUGUACCAGCUGCUGGAUGGCUUCUCCCUCCUGGAGAAAAAGCUGAAGGAGGGGCAGGAGGCCGGGAGUGCCCUGCGGUCCCAGCCCCUCAUGGGAGACCUGCGCCAGAGGAUGGACAAGUUUGUCAGGAAUCGAGGGGGACAGGAGAUCCAGAGCACCUGGCUGGAGUUCAAGACCAAGGCCUUCUCCAGAAGUGAACCAGGAUCGUCCUGGGAGCUGCUCCAGGCAUGUGGGAAGAUGAAGCGGCAGCUCUGCGUCCUCUACCGGCUCAGCUUCCUGGCCACAGUGCCAGGCGGGACUUGCCCACACCUGCCCCAGCACCUGCAGACCCAAGUCCAGACGCUCCUGCAGGAGAAGCUCGCGGACUGGAAGGACUUCCUGUUGGUGAAGAGCAGGCGGAACGUCACCAUGGUGUCCUACCUGGAAGACUUCCCAGGCCUGGUGCAUUUCAUCUACGUGGACCGCACCACGGGGCAGAUGGUUGCGCCUUCCCUCAGCAGCAGUGAGAAGACUUCAUCAGAGUUGGGCAAGGGGCCCCUGGCUGCUUUUGUCAAAACCAAGGUCUGGUCUCUGAUCCGGCUGGCACGCAGGUACCUACAGAAGGGCUACACCACGCUGCUGUUCCAGGAGGGCGACUUCUACUGCUCCUACUUCCUGUGGUUCGAGAACGACAUGGGGUACAAACUGCAGAUCAUUGAGGUGCCCGUCCUUUCUGACGACGCGGUCCCCAUCGGCAUGCUGGGAGGAGACUACUACAGGAAGCUCCUGCGCUACUACAGCAAGGGCCACCCGGCCGAGGCCGUCCGGUGCUACGAGCUGCUGGCCCUGCACCUGUCGGUCAUCCCCACAGACGUGCUGGUGCAGCAGGCUGGCCAGCUGGCCCGGCGCCUCUGGGAGGCCUCGCACAUCCCCCUGCUCUAGGCCGGGGUCCACUCCGCUCUCCCACCCGCUCAUACUCGCAUGUGCUCCCACAGCAAGAGCCUCCCUGUCCACAGCGGCCAUCCCGAAGAUGGGGUUUCUUAGACUCUACCUGAGUACACUCCAUGAAGAGAAAAGAGCAAGCCCCAACCCUGACCUCUGGAGGAAGAGGGAGGCCGUGGGUUAUGUUUGUCUCCUUAAAAGAUCAGCGGUGGGGCCUGUAGUGGUGUGAUUAAGGUGCUGGACUCCCACAUGGCCGACUACAGUUUGAGUCCCAGGCCCAGCGGCUUAAAAAUUAUGGCAGACGUGUGUGCGUGCCCAAGAUCCCAGGAGAAUGGAGGAGAAG